AUGAGGCGUGCGGUUGCGUCAGACCCGGAUAUCGCUGAAGACCCCUGCGCGCGACCUCCCAGCGUCUGCCCAAGUAUUCCUGGGCUUGCGACUACACAAGAAGCCCUGUGGAUGCGGGUUCAUCAGUAUUGUGGAGACCGGAUGCUAUAUGAAGUGGAAGAACCUUCAGUGUUUACGAAAUUGACUCGAGUCUUCUCAGAUGAUGAAGCCCAAAUCAACAAGAAGUUGCCAAAGGAGCUGCUAUUGAGAAUAUUUUCAUAUCUUGAUGUGGUGUCUCUUUGUCGCUGUGCUCAAGUUUCAAAAGCUUGGAAUGUGCUUGCGUUAGAUGGCAGCAAUUGGCAGCGAAUUGACCUCUUUGAUUUUCAAAGGGAUGUUGAGGGUCCAGUUAUAGAAAAUAUUUCAAGACGAUGUGGUGGAUUUUUAAGAAAACUAAGUUUACGAGGUUGUCAGUCAAUAGCAGAUGGAUCUAUGAAGACAUUCGCUCAACUGUGUAUGAAUGUAGAAGAUUUGAAUCUCAAUGGUUGCAAGAAGAUAACAGACAGUACUUGUCAAGCAUUGAGCAGAUAUUGUCAGAAACUACAACGCCUUGACCUUGGUUCUUGCUCUGCCAUUACUGACAUAUCAUUGAAAGCACUGGCAGAUGGUUGUCCAAACCUUACACAUCUGAACAUCUCAUGGUGCGAUCAAAUAACAGAAUCAGUUUUGAGGAAGUCUGAUGUGGUUGAUACAGGUGCAGAGGCGCUGGCACUUGGCUGCCCUAAACUUCGUGUCUUCAUUUGUAAAGGCUGCUUACAACUUCAAGACAAGGCAGUUGCGUGUCUAGCCAAAAAUUGUCCCAACUUGCAAGUGGUGAACCUGCAUGGAUGCAGUAACAUCACUGAUGAUGCUGUUCAACAAUUGGCUGAAAACUGCCCCAAACUUCACUACCUCUGCCUCAGCAACUGCACUCAUCUCACAGAUAGCUCGUUGGUGCUGCUGGCCCAGCACACUCCCCUUCUUGCCACCCUGGAGGUGGCUGGUUGUUCGCAGUUCACUGACACUGGCUUCCAGGCUCUUGCAAAGGCAUGUCAUAUGUUGGAAAAAAUGGACUUGGAAGAAUGUGUGUUAAUAACUGAUGCUACUCUCAUCCAUCUAGCAAUGGGUUGUCCCCGCCUUGAUAAACUAAGUUUAUCUCAUUGUGAACUGAUAACCGAUGAAGGUAUUCGGCAUUUGGGCACUUCGCCAUGUGCUGCUGAAAGUUUGACAGUAUUAGAAUUAGAUAACUGCCCACUAAUAACAGAUGCCUCUUUGGAACAUCUUAUUUCCUGCCACAAUUUGCAACGCAUUGAACUUUAUGAUUGUCAGCUGAUAACUCGAGUUGGAAUUCGAAGGCUUAGGAAUCAUCUUCCUAACAUCAAAGUCCAUGCUUACUUUGCACCAGUAACUCCACCUCCUUCAGCUGGUGGAUCACGUCAGCGAUAUUGUCGGUGUUGCGCCAUUUUGUGAACUUCAUUGUGGCCAGGGCUUAUCUUUGUCAAGAACAUUGUGGCUAAAUUGUGAGGUCUGUUCCUCAUGUCCUAUCAUGUCCUUCCUUGUUUAUAUAUUUACAACAGUGAUUAAUUUGUGUGCAUGUAAUGUAGUCCAUCGUAUUACUCAAGUUCUGAACACAUUCAUCAUAACUCCUUAAUAUAAAACUGGAAACCAUUAAGUUGUACUCUUCCAAAGACAGUUUAUGUGCAUUGAUUUGUUGUUUUUCUUAUUCAGAUGCAGCUUUAACUAGCUUCUCCAAUUAUCUGUUGAAUUUCUUGGGAUUUGAAACUGCUAGAUAAAAAAGAUUUUUCAUUUUAUGAGUAGUUUUGCUUCACGUCUGGGGUGUUUCUUUAAUACUUGCUUUCAGUAUAUCAAUGCGCAUUGUUUUAAAUCCUGAACACCACUAUUUUCACUACACUUCACCUUCGAUGCAGCUACACACUCUAGUACCUGUAUAUAUAUAUUUUUAUAUUUGAAGUAGCCUUGUAGUUGAUGAGUGAAGAAGUUUCUUUGUAUUUCUUUGCUUUUAUCAGCAUCUUAUUGCUUUUAUUCUUGUGUGAAUGUGGACAACGAAGUAUCAUCAUUUUAUUAACUCAUAAGUAAUAUAUUACCCAAACAUUGCUAAAUGUUGCUUUGCAGCCUUGUGCCUAGUUCCUUUUGUUUGUCCUGCCUCCCACCUUUUUUUUUUUUUUUUUAAUUUUUUUAAAGAACCUUAAAAAUAUCACCCUAAUAGGACAGACAGUGUUGUGAUAGGUUAUCAAGGCAACUAGGUACUUCUAAAAUUGGUAUGCUAGUCUCUAGGAAGGAGGUUCUUGACUCUCUUAAUGGUGUGUGUGCUGAUUUGAUAAAUUAAUAGUGUGAAUCUGUGAAAAUGUGAUGACAAUGAAUUUUUAAUGUACAUAAGAGUGCUGGAAAAUUCAGGGACAAAUUUUCCAUGAGCAUGUAACUAUUUAUGGUACAGUAAUCCAGUUUCAUCUGGCAGUGCCUCCUUGCAUGUUAUUUGUUGAUAUGCAUUGUACUCUUUCUUUCUAGUUAUUGAAAUGGUAAGAUACUGAAACAGUGUGCCAGAUGAUACACCUACAAUGUAAAUUUAUAUUAACUAUCCAGUUGAAUAUUAAAAUUUUUCUACCAUUCUUAUGUCAAAAUAUAUUUGAAAGUCAUUUCAUUAAAUAAUUCUGCUUGUCAAAUAUUAUAAAACUGCUUUAACAGUGUGAUCCAACAAAAAGUAUUUUAAAUAUUAUUCUGUGAUUCAUAGUAUUGAAGUUAAAUUCACUAUUAAAUUUUAUAUUGUUAUGGUUAUUUUAAUUUUAUAUUGUGGGUGGUUUGUGCUAUUUUUAAAUGUCUUGAGGCACUUGCUGUUGAGACUUUAAAUGCUUGCUUGCAGUUUACCAUUUGGUUGAAAUUGCAUUGAAAACGGACCAUCCUCUUUGUAAUGUCUAUGGUAAACUUCUGUCUUCAGUUAUGGAAGUAAGAUCAACAGUUAAAACCAAGUUGGAAGUCAUGAACUGAAAUGAAUGCAGAAGAGCAGAAUAUUUAGAUUAUGGAAUCUAGUUGUAUUAAGCUUGAUAUGAUAAGAUCAAAAAUAAUUGUAUUGUAUGAAAAACUGAAUUUGAUGCUGGAGUAGGUUACUGAGUGUUAAGUGUUUUGAACAUUGUUGGUUGUGAAGAGAUUACAAUGACGAAGAAUGUACACAAUUAUCUCUUCACAAAAUGAAGACAAGAAUCACCAUAGUUUAGAUAAAGUGUUUUGUGGAAUAUCUAUGGCAAAUACCAUAUUUGGGCUCGAUAAGUCUGUUGUGGCAUCCGUGGGUGUGAGGGUGGUUUAUUUUCAGUGAAAACUUAAAAGAAGACCAACGAUUCAUGCAGAAAGGCAACUGGCAGUGCAGUGGAGGACACUUUAUUAAGCCUUUCACAAAACUGUGAUAUCUCUUUGGAGCCAACCACAACAUUAUGAAGUGAGAGGAGAUCCAAAAUAUAAUAAACUAAAAAGAAACAAGUUAUUUUUUAUUGAUCAUGCACCAAGCAUCUAGAAUGCUGCUAUUUCCAUUGUUGCAGAUCAAGUGUGUCGCUAGAGAAUUGUCUAUUACUGAACAGAUAGCGUUCAAAAUUUUUAUCAAAAAUUAAUACACUUGAACCUCUUAGCCUGGUGCCCUUUUUAUCAUAAAUGGUGAGGCCUAUAGCUAAUAAAUUUUUAUCUUCACUAUGAAAUAAUUGUUUUGCAGAUGGUAAAUAUAACAAUGUUGUUUUGGAGUUCAUGCAUUACAAUGCAUAAUUGUGAUUUUUAUCACAAAGAGGUUAUUUGAUAAGAAAUUAGAAUGUUGCAGGGAAUGCAGUAAAAUAUCUGUAAUUCAUUCAAUGUUUACUUGCUCUUAUUUCAAAUCAAUAAUAUAAAAAUAUAUUGGGAAGUAUUUAGGUAAUCUUUUUGGUUACUUAUUAAUAUUUAUGAUAAUAAUUUUCAAAUGAAAUGUAUGUUCUACUUUGGUGUCACGAGAUGAAUUUCAUUGUAUCUUAUGCAUACAGGAACAAGAAACUGCUGUUCAAAUCUAAACAGUUUACUUUUGUAAAAUGUUUUUAAGUUGCAAAUUACUAUAUUGUAUGUGAGGAUUUUAACAGUUUCUGAAAAUGGAUUUGUAAUUCGGCAAGAAACUCGUAAAGUUACAUUGCUAUUAUUUAUAUUCCUCUUUUAAAAAUCAUACUCUUUUUCUAUACAAAUUAGUCUCCUUCUUGUUUCAGGAUUUGUAGAGCUAUAUUCAGUGCUUUUGUUUGGCUAAUUGUAUGGAUUAUUUAUAUUCACAGGUGACUAUUGCAGUAGGUCAUAAUAUUAUAUGCUUGUUGAUGCAAAUAUCAAUAAUUUCUGUGAUUACAUACAUUUUCGAAAAAUUAUCACUUCUCAUCUAUAGUUCAAGUAAAAUGAUGCAUAGUAAAUCUAACAUGUGUGAUUCAGGAGUGAUUUAGUUAAAAUUAAUAACUUUAGUCACAGUUGCCAUUUUGAAAUAUUAUUAUAUUAUGUUUAUGAAAUCUGUUGUAACACGUCCAUUCAUAGAAAUGUUUUCUUUAUAUGGUCUUUCUUUCUUCUUUUAAGUUGGAAUUACUUGCUUCGGAUAAAAGCAUCACCCAUUAUUAUUUCUAUUUUGAAUUUCUGUACAUUCAGUCUACACUCGUGUUCAUUCUCCUCUUUCCAUUUUGUCAUAUAAAUGAAUUUUUUACUGCCUAAAUGUCAUCAAAAUAGCUUUUCUUUUUAACAUUUUAUAAUAUGUUUGGCCUUGUGCCCUACAAGGUAAAGAAUAGCUCUUGCUGUGGGAUCUUUCCCAAUAAAACUGAGUUUGCUCUUGAGUAUGCCACAUAAAUAUUACUCAAUCAGACACAUGGGUCUCAAUGUUUUAUCAAAACAGUCCUCAAUCCAUUUUAAUCUGCAGAUUUAUACACGAACUGGCUCAUGGUUUGGGAGCCUGAUUGAUGUUUUAUGUUUUCGUAUGUAUAGAAUGCUAAUUUUUGAGAGUUAACAUUUGUCACAUUCAUUCACGUACCACACAAACUCUUUUCUAUUUUUGAAUACUGAAAGUGUUCAUUAUUAUCUCCUACGUGUGUUCAAAAGAGCUGUGAUAAAUGUAAUUUAUACAUGCAAAGAUUGCUUUUGACUGUCACCAUAAUACUUGAAUGCUUUUGCACUCCCACCCAGGAGUGAAAAGAAAUACACAAGGAAUGAAGGUCAUCUACUUGCUUAGGUUUAGGAUAGGAGAAAGGAAAGUGAUGCUAUAGUGUAGGCCUCUGACUAAUAACCCUUUGAAGUCCCUAUUUCCUUGUUAAAUUUUCUUAACAAUUUUCAUUCAAAUCCAGCAUACAAUAAGGAAAAGGAGUUAGAAAAAUCUCUACCUGCUGAAAAUUGAAUAAUAAUGUUACUGACAGAGUUAAAUGUGUCAAUAGGUUUUCAGUGUCUUGUUUCAGUAUUAUUUGCAGAGGGGAUUUAACCUCUGCUUUAUUAGAAUGUCUUAGUUUUUCAGCGUCUAAUAAGAUCUCUGGGAUCAUGAAUACUGUAUUGUUAAAAUGUUGCCUAACUAAAAUUGCACAUCAUUCACAGGUCUUGCUAAUUCCCCUGGAUGUGUGUUUUGUUUUAAAUACUGUAAAAUUCUCUAAUUCAGUGAUAGCACCUUUAGUGAAGAGAAUAAUCCCACAAAUAUUGCACAAUGAUAUUGGUUUCUUUUUGUAUUUUCCGAGGGGAAGCUUUGUCCUGAUUCCUUUUAAUUCAUUAUAUUAUGUGAAGUGCUUGUGUGAGAAGCAACACAAAAUCUGAGAACGUUUUGCAGAAAUCUUGAAAAUAUGUUUCAAACACAAAGCAGACAAUUAACGAACAUGACCCAUACAGCUAUUAAAAGUAAUCCUUCUGACAACUUGUAUCUCAUUUUUCCAAAAAUUUAGUUCUUAUAAGUUUUUGUAAUGUAGUUCAUUUUUAAUCUCGAUCUUGGUGUUUCUCAAUAAAAUACUUGAGAAAUGUUUCUUUUAUAAGAAUUGUAAUGGCAAUUAUAGUACAAUAUUACUUGUAAGAGACAUAUUUUACUGACUUUGAAAGGAGGAAGUUAUUCACUUCGUAUUAUAAUUUUUGUUUAUUUGUUCAGCCAUCAUAUUCAUAAUGUACCCUGAUUUAUAUGAUUGUUGCUGUGUAUUAAAGGGUAUAACCUCCUGGUGGUACCAUGCUAUAUUUAAUGAUAUUCUGGUAGUAGAGUACAAAGACAUAAUAAAUAAUGAAGUGGUGCAACACAUUAAGUGGGCAAACCAUAGCACCUGAAUCAUACACAGGAUUUUUUCCAAAAUUGAUAUCCUCCAACAGAUCUGACUUAACUUUAGACCCUGCAAAUAUGAAAUGGAACUUUUAAUUUUUUAGAGUACUCAAUUGUUGAAUGAAGCUCUUAUUUUUUUUAACCAUGUGAACACAUUCAUUAUUGAGGCUGAAGUUAUUUUCUAUAAUGGGAACAAUUUGUCAAUAUUAGCACUUUCAAUGAUUUUAUGUUCAGUUUUUUCAAAAUAUUGGUAGUUUUCUUGUAAUUCAAAAUCGAGUCAAUUUUCUGAAAUUACAUUAAACACGAUUUUCACAAAAACUGCUCGAUAUUUGAUAUUUAAACAUGUUUUACAGUGGGAGAACAAGGCUCUAAAUCAAACAGCACCUGUGCAAUUUUCAUUGAAACUUCAAUUUUCAAAAAGUACCCAAAAGUGUAUAUGUUGUUACUUCUUAGGGCUAAAGAGACAUUGCAAGGAAGGAACAAAAUAUUUAUUUUUCCACUGAGGACACUGAAAAGUUAAAAAAUAAAAUGAUGUAAAACUGACUUGAGAAUAUAAAAAGGCUCUUAAAAUUAAUAAUUUUGAGCAGUCUGUCUUUCAAUAAGUAUUUUUGGCAUUUUAACUUGAAGUUUUAUUUUAACACGUUCUUCACAUUUGUGAUAUACGUCAACCUGGCUACAUCCAAAUGACAAAAUGUUGCAAGAAUAACUUCCUGUAAAAUCCUGCUGUUAGGAUUAAUUAUUACUAACAAUUUGACAAACAGCACAUGUCCUGGGCUGUGUUGGGUCUCUAGCAAACUUGAAUUUUAAGCAUUCAUAUUGACAUGAAUAUUCUAUAGAUUUGUACUUGAUCAUUGAAAAUAUUAAAAUUUGUGUUAACUCAAUAAAUAUUCAAAAAGUGGAUUUGAGUAGUUUCUCAAACAAAUGGAUCAUGUUUACUACUUCAGUUGUAAACAUCAUUUUGAAAACAUUUUAUUAUGUACCUAGAAUUCAACAUAUUUUGAAAAACCUGUGUGAUCUUCUUUAACACUUGUCUUUCCUACUUUCGUGCUUCAAAUCUGGCACUUGCUCUCCGAUUUUGAAACCCUUUUCUCUUCUCUUAUUACAGAAAUCCACCCUUUUGGACAAUUAUGAAAAAUAUUAUUUUUAAACUAGCCUCAUUGAAUACUUGCAUAUUAGUGAAUAAUUUUUAUUUCAAUAUUACAUGUAAUUCAAGUGUUCCACUUAUCUUUGUGUGAUAAAUUUUUUGAGCAAUGUUUUACUCUGAAGUAGUAUCAAAAUGCAAUAAAUCCUUUUUACAAAUACAAUGGACUCUGUAAUUGGAACUAUAAAGAGAACUUCAAAAAAGAAUUGUUUAAACUUUGAAUUACAAGGCAAGACCCAUGGGUUUGGGGUCAGACCAUCAGCUCUCUAUCUUUGAGUAUAUGAUUUGCAUCCUGGUCAAUGCGGUUGAUAAAUGGUGCAUCAUGUCUCGUUUGACAAAAACAGCUCAUAGCAAGGUUUCUUGGGGUUCUCCUAUUUUUCCCACCUCCCAUUUCACCAUUGCUCUAUAACUUACAUCACCAACAUUCAUUCUUCAGCUCCAGAGUGAUGUAACAAGUUUGGCCAGUUUGCUUCACAGCUAUACCUUGGCUAAUUUUCAGAAUAAUUCACCUCAAUAUGGCAAGCUAAUACGGUCAUUGAAGUAAGCAAUAUAAUUCAUAAGACAAAAAUUAAAUUACCACCCUUUGAAUUUUUCAGAAGCAUUUAUUUAAAUAAAUUAAUUGUACCUCAGUAACUAUUGAGAUGUAGCUUUCCUUCAAAACAACCAUAGUUAUACUUUAGUCUUAAGUGCAAAGGUGCCAACUUGAAAAUAUUAGGGUGGCAUUUAAUAUGUCCCUGAUCUCUGAUCUUAUUUCUUAGGGUUCUUUCAAUUUCAAGGGGUCCUUACCGUGAUCAUCUAUCUUGUGAUUCUUCAAUUUCCAAUUGAUGUGUCUUGCAUUUUAUUGCAUUGCAACCUUUUUCUAUUUUAGAAAAUUCAGCACUCUGCUCUUGAACUCUCUAAGCAUUAAAAGCUGAUCCUGAAUAUUCUUCCAAUUUUUGGUUGGGACAACAAUUUAAUAGAUUGAAUGAAUAGUACACUUAAAACAUUUGAUACUACUAAAGUUCUGUAGUGUGCAAUACACUUUUCUAGUGUUUGAGUUAUUUUCCGCACAGACAAUUCUCAGUUUUACUGAUAACACAAAGAAACAAGGCAAUGUUCAAACCGUUGUUGAUCCCACAGUGUCCAAAGUGGUGUGACAGUAGAUUUUCUUGAAGUCUUCUUUCUCUCGAAAAAUAAGAUCUGCCAUUCUUCUUGAAAUUUUAAUAUAGAAUCUGAUGUAUUUUUGUCAAAGUAGCUUCCUGACAUGAUGUAUAGCAUUGUAAUGCAUUUGUUGAGCCCUUAAUUUCAUGGACAGUGAAAAAAUUAUGAUAAACAUUUUCAUUCAAAGCAUUUCAUGUGUUACAAAAUGCAUUUGUUAGUAAGCUUCACAGGUCUUCAAACUUAUUUUUUUUAUUUCUCUUUGGGUUGCCAACCAUCCUCUAUUUCAGAGGAUAGACAUCCAUUGUUAAAAAUUGUGCUCCCUCCUCCAUUUGUAAAUAAUGUCCUCCAUUUUCAUGCAAGUGAAAUAAAUAAUAAAAUAUUUUUUAAUAAUGUUUGUGCUUUUCACAGAUUUCUAAUCAUUAAUAUAAUGAAGAUUUUUAACAUCUUUAGUACUAAAUGCUAAGAGUAAUAUUAAUCUUUGUUUAAGUUGUGAAUUUAGAAAAGAAAAAUUAAAACAAUUUUUGUGUAUUCAUACUGCACUUUGAUUUGGUUGCUUACACAGGUAAUUUCAGUCCUGAUUCUUUUUACCCCAUUUCCUCCUAGUCUUUUUUUUAUUUUAGUUGGGAGUUGGUGACCAUAAUUUCACUUCUUAUAAAAUGCAUAAUUUUUGAUCUCUCAAGACGUAUUGUUGGCAGUGUUAUCAGUAGUUCAAAACUUUGUUGGAAGAAGUUGAAUUUUGUUUUUGUUAUGAAGUAAUUCAGAGAAAAUAUGUUGCCUAUUGCACACCAUACUGCAUUGAUCAGUGCAUCAGGUGAUAAUAUUCAUUGUUACCUGUUAUCAUUCAUCGUACAAUCUAUCAUUAUUAGAGACGUAAAAUUAACUGGCAAUCUUCUAUCUAUGGUAGUAUCAUGGUUGUUAUAAUUCUUCAUUAUUAAUUAUAUCACAUAUUUUAUUGAUACAAUAUGUCAAGCCAAAAAAUAUUAAACCAAAAAAAAAAUAUUUUUUUAAAUCUUUUUUAUUUAAAUAUAUAAAUUAAUGUAUUAUGAAUUAUUAGUUUUUUUUAACUCCUUCAGAUGAGACAAUGUGCUUACAGCAUUUAGACACCAACAAAAUUUUCAUCAAGGUAGACUGGUAAAAAAUUAUUCUCUGUAAGUUUCCUAGUAUUUUUAAACUCUGCUUAAAUUAAAUUUGUUUUGUUGAUUAAAUUUAUCUUUAUUCUGAAUAACCCAUCACCAACUCAAAUGGGAGUUUCAGAGAUUAUGCAUCAUGGAUCUCCAUGCUUGACAGCAAUUUCCUUAAAUCAGUAUAUCACGAGCCAUAUGAAGAUGGUCACCAACUCAUUAUUCUACCCUUCAAGUAGGAUGGGGGAGGAAGGUUUGUGGUUCAGUGUUUAAAGUACUGCUCCAGCAUUGCAUAGAAUUGAUAGGAGAAAACCACACAAAUUACCAAUCAGAGUUGCUGGCAUCUAGAAUUUUUAUCUAGGCAGUGUAGGUUUAGUAAGUGUUGAAAAUCUUUGCACCAUAGGGAUUCGAACAUGGGUCACAUAUGGGUCUAUAGAGUUGAACGGUUCAGUUUCAGACUCGCAACUACACAUGCUAUCGCUGCCAGUCUUUCAUUGAUUAAUGAUUGUUUAAAUUGGUACUCCUAAUUUAUUUGACAUAAGGUAAGACUGCAUUUAUAAAAAUAAAAAAAAAAUUGUAACUCAGAAAUGAGUAUUGCAUAUUGCCUUCUACAGAUCAAUAGGUAGGGCAACUUGAUGGGUUGAUGACGAGGGUUUGGUAUGGGUAGUGAAGAUUUUUCCUUAUUUUUGAUGAUUUGUAAUAGCUCUCAGGAACUUGUUAAUGUUUGCCUUUUGUUAUGGAAAAUAAUUUAGUAGUGCUCAAUCUCUGCAUGUUAUUUAUACUAGACUUGUCAGAAUUGUUUAAAAUAAAAUGUAUUUCAACAUUUUUAGCACUGUAAUUCUUGUUUUAUUAACAUUAUGUUUGUAGUGUUUCAAUCUAAAAAUGUGUGAUAUACUGGAUAUUUUCUAUACUGAUUUUUAAGUAAUAAAUAGUAGCAUACAAAAAGCAAGAAAUAUUAAGAAAUUUUCAUUUAGGGCAACGAUGUAAAAUGUUCUCUUAACACUAAAUCAUUUAUACAUUUAAUUAUUCAGUAAAAAUGUUGUGUUGGCCUUAACAAAAAUACAGUUUAAGAAGUUUCUUAAAAUAUUAUUCUAUCAACAAUAGAAAUAAUUUAUUUCCUAUCAAGAAUAAGAGAACAAAUUCAUGUGUUGAAGUGUAAUGUGAAAUCUCAUCAGGAAAUGAUAAGUGAAAAGCUGUGAUGGAUUGGAGAAAGCAGAUAGAACUUGUAAGGAAAUGGGAAGGGUUAAAUGAUUUAAGUGAUGAAGGUUUAGCUGUUGGUGUAUAUUUAUCUUCUAGUGACUAACCAAAUCCAUUAUCAUCUCAUUUCUUUACAAUUCUCAGUUUAUAUUUUCAUGCCAUGUUCCUAAAGGUUGGAUAUUAAAUAUUUCCAUAUGUAUAUUUGCAAAACACACUUAUUCUAUUCUUUCUGUUCUCUCUUUCAAAUAUAAGUGUUUGUAAAUCAAAAUGAAGAAUCAGAAUGGCAACCUGUUUAAACAUUAUGUAGAUGCAUUAUAUUUAUUGUAGCCCAUCAAGGUGGCAACACACAAAACAAGCAAAAUUUGUGUGUUCUGUAGCAUUAAUCACAUACAUAGUCAAAGAAAAUAAUUUUUGAACUUUACUUUUCUUUGAACUUUCUUCCAUGUCUGCUAACAGAAGCAGUUUCUUAUUUAAUUUUCAGCAUUGAAAACAGACAGACAUUAGUAUUGUAAUGGGUUCUUUGACUUCAGGUCACUGAGAAACUGAAGUAACUUCCUGGCUUCUUCACUAAGAAAAUUUCAUGCUAGUUGAUAAUUUUAUAUAGAAGACAAUAGAUGCAUGGACAUAAAAAAAAAAAAAAUUAAAACUGAAACAUCUGUAGAAAGCAUUUCACUUUGGAAGAUCAACACUUUUAUCAACAAAGAAACAAAACUACUUAAUUAAGGUUUUCCAUCAAGUUUAUAAUUCAGCAUUUCUACCAUUUAGUUCUCAUAUUGCAACUUCUGCAGAUGCAGCAAUUAUGCAUAUUAAGUGUUCAUAACAGAAAUAAAUCAAAGAAAAGGGACUAGGUGCUGUAAAUUAUAAAAUUGAAACUUGGAUUUAGAAUAGUGUUCACAUAAAACUUGUGUAAUUCUGUUUUGUGUAGAUUAAAAAGUAUUCAUACUUUUUAAUUUAUAUGGAGAAAUUUUAAUUCAUUAGGGAAAUUCAUCAUACAUUAGAAUUGUAUUUUAUGACAUAAGACCUUUGGUUAAUUUUUGUAUCUUUGAUAAAAGGAACAUUAAAUAAUGAAAACUGCAGAUGUCUAUUAACAUAGAUAAAACAAGUAUGAGUCUUUUUCCAUAUCAAUAGGAAUGGUGUCAAUUUUGGUGUAGCCUGUAGUUUCUUUUCUAAUUAAUAUGAGAAAAGGUCCGAUUAUUAUUCAGUGCCUUUCUAACAGAAAACCUGCCUACUGUGAAGCAAUAAAAAUCAUUUUAGAUAUCAAAUACUUGAAGUUGUUGUUUAGAAAUGUUAUUUUUUAGAUGAACAUAAUGAUAUCAGAAAAAGUGCUGAAAUUCAAUUGUAUGACUUGCAUGGUUCUAACCUGGAUUUAGAAAGUAUUUUUAGUGUUAUUUAAAACUCCAAUGGCAGUAAAUUUGCUUGUCUUGAUAGAGCAGAGUUCUUUUACAUUUUGAGGAAAAAUUAUAGGGCCAAAAUGAAAUUUUGUGUUCUAGUUGAGUAACAAAAAUGUAAGUGAAUAAUACUAAAAUUUCAUUGUUGUAUUUUGCAUGACAUUCAUAAUCAAUAUUUUCUUCAUAUUUAACCAAUAUAUUGCAUUUCACAUUUACAUAAAUUUGGAAAGGCACAUAUGUGGAAAUAUAUUACCAUUAUUUAUUAUGACUAUUAGUGAAAACAUAGAGCUAAGAAAAUGCUCUAUAAAACCCUUGAAGAAAAUUAUUCCAUGCCUUGUGUAAGAGAAAAAUGAAGUCAUUCUGAUGAUAUUUGCAAAUGCUCUUUGCUGCGAUCUGACUUAAGUUGUGAAGGGUAACAUUCUGGUAGAUUCAGCUUUCAUUUACUAACAGUUACUGCUACUCUAAUGCUUGUUUUUGCCACAUAAAUAUCAUCUUAUAAGCUAACACUAAAUAAAAUGAGUAUUACCUUUCUUAUAAAUGUAUUAUCAUAUGAAAUGCUAUUGAAAUUGAACAAGUAAAUAAACAGUAAUUAAUUCAUAAGGAUGGUAGGCCACUUAAAACAAACAUUUCAGAAUGUUAAUUGUCCGUGACUUAUGUAAUCAGGGCACUCUUGGCUAAAUUUCAGGUGUGUUAAGAUGCUAUGUUACAUGCAGAGAUUUACUCAACAAAAAAAUCUUAUGUCACUGUUCCAUCAAGUUGUAUAUUCAUUAUUAUAAUUAAAAUGAUGUGUUUUGUAUUUCUACUGAGAAGCAAUCAUACCUUUUGCCAUGAUAUUCACAAUUUUGUAUUUCAUGAAAUGAUUAGCAUCAAAGUAUUAAGAAACCAUAAAAAUACUCUUGGGAAGAUAUAAUAUUAAGGGGUUAAGGGAGUAAAUUAUAUUUUAUUGGUAAAUAAAUUGGGGAAAAGUUUACUGCCCAGUUCAUAUUUCCCUGUGGAUGAGGCAAUAGUAGCAAAUGUUGAAUUAUUUAUUUUUCAAAUCAAUUUUCAAUAGUGUAGAGAGAAGUAAUGUAUUGCGAAUAAUCUUAGAAAACCAUUAUUUCAAAAUCUCCAUGAUUUUCAUUUGUAUAAACUGAUCUCGCUUUUUAAACUAAUUUUUAUUAGUUGGAGACCUUCAAGACACAGUUGGACAACAAGCUUUUAUAGGUAAUAAGAUAUUUUGCUCACACUGUUUUAUGUUUUAUUGUAAUUAUAUUUUGUAAUCAUCUCAAAGGAGUGAAAGAUUAGAAUUUUGAGUAUUUUGUAUUGACCAUGUUUCAAAGUCUUCAUAUGAAUUAACACUGACAAAUUUUCUUUUGAUUAAUGUGCGUUUAUGGUAUUCAGAUGGAUGGUAUGUAUCACUGUUUUUUAGGAACUUUCAUUCUCCUUUGUUGAUUGGAAAUAUUUAUCUUGAUUUGAUAUUUAUUUUCAACUAUUUUAAUAUUUAUGUUAUCCCUUGCAGUGGUAAAAGAUGCUUUAAUUUCAUGGCCCACUGAAUUGUUUAAGGUCCAUUACAUUACAUUUUCUAAGACUAUUGAAUUUGUCUGUAACUAAAUAAGUAUUCUGAAAAAACUGCAGAACCCAAGCCUAACCAUUUUUCUUUCAAGAAUAACAUCUACUUGUUAGAAUUCUAGUGCUUUUUAAUGAGAAAUUCGAGAAAAAUGAUUGUAAUGAAAUGUGUUUUGCCAGUGUUUUAAGGGUAUUCAAAAGCGUAAUAUUGUCAGAGAUAUUUUAAAAAAUUUGGCUAAAUAUGAUUGGGAUUUGCAUAUUUUGUUGAUAAGGAGUUGGAUUUCAGGUAUUCCUAUAUUUCAUAAUUGAUAUUGCUUUAAAAUUAUGUGUAAUAUUUGUAUUUUUGAGCAGGCACUGAGCAAGAUGCGCACAUUGUCGAGUCCACUGAAACUCCCCUAAAUGUUGCCCAGCAAGUUCAAAUCUCAAUUUUUCAAGCUUCGAGUUCAGAUUGUGCAUACAUCUAUUAUUUUAAAAUAACAUUAACAAAUAUAAAUAUUUUGAAUAAUUGUAUAAUUACAUAUACUUAAUAUAUUAUUACAUCAUGUUAUUAUAUUAAUUAAAUAAAAUAUUCCAGUUGCAUUCUGUUGAGAAAUUUACCAUACUGACCCCAUACUGGUAAAUCUCCAUGUUGUGGGCAAAUUAUUGAAUUGAAUUUCAAGUAUUAGCCUACUCGAAAGUUUAUAAAUAAAUGAGAAAACUGUCAGCAUAAUUUUUAAUAUUGUUGACUAGUUUACUCUUUUGUUCAUUUUGUUCCGCGAGUCACAAUUAUUUUAAAUACUGGUAUUAGGUAUGAUUGUCCAAGACAAGUAGCUUAACAAUGUGUGCAUGUCUAUUGCAGUUUUUAGCUUCUCUGCCCUAUUGAGUAGAUUAAGCGAUAACAAUUUUAAGACUGAGAUAAUUAAGAAAUGUUCAUUGGAUGUGUGUAUUUUGUACUGCAAAAGAACUUAAAGAUAAGCUGUUCUAUUCAAAGAAUCCUAACACUUUGCAUAUGGAUGUAUAUUGAUGUUCUGAAAUAAAAACGUUACAUUGUUUUAACUGAAUAUAUGAAUUUAAAAUGCGUAUAUAUAACUUUUAUAGAACCUCUUAUAUGUAUAUUAUAUAUAAGAACUGCAUUGAUGUGUAGUUUCUAUGUUGAGAUGCAUUCUAAUUUUUGUCUUGCUCCCACCAAGCAUGUGGAAAAGCUUUCCUUCUGAAAAAAUUGUAUCUGUUACACUAAUGUUUAAUGUCAAAACUUUGUUAAUAAAGUAUUUAAAUGUUUGAAAACUAUAUUUUUGUUAUGUCUUUUGUUUAAUGAUAUUUUAAAAAACAUUAAAUUAUCCUGAACAGUUUGUUUGCAGUUCAGAAGGUUCAACUAGAAUUUCAAAUAAUUAGUAUAAUUACAUUGAAUAUAAAACUGAUUCUUUGUCUGUAUUUAUUGUCAGUCAUUAUUUGUUUGUAUAGUCCGUUUUACUGGCUAGUCUUUGUAAACUUUGAUUUUAAAGUCUUAAAACAAAUUUCUAAGUGCCUCUAACAAGUGCUCAUCAGACAUUAAUGUAGUUUGUGUAUUUGUGAAAUAAAAGCAAUGGGAAUGCUUGUAUUAAAGUGCAA